UGGUUUCUUAAUUUCUUUUCACAAAUAGACCCUCUCAUCCCCAUCAGGAUAAAAAGGAUAACCACAGCCAUAGAAUUGCUUCUGCUGGCACUAGAGAGAAAGAAAAGAAAAGAACCAUGGAAACCAAUGUUCUUCAAUUUAUCACUUCAAAGUCGCUCACAUCAACCAUUCACAUCUACACAAACCCUUCAACAGUAAACACAACACCACAAACCCGGAAUUUCAUACCUCACAGGAGACGAUGGUUGAGAUUAUGUUCUUCUACCAACGGCACAGAAGCCAAUGAAGACACUCCACAAGUAGCUCCACCUACCAUAACACCACCAGAGCCCAUGGAGAUAAGGUUCAGACGACGCUCCAAAAAGAGGAACAAGCAGCAGAGAGAAGGUGGCGUUGGCAGAGGGCAGUCAGCGAAAGCACAAGCUCCUGAUCCUCCAAAGAAAUGGGAAGAUAUGAGCCUUGCGGAGAAGGCACUUGAGCUUUACAUGGGAGAGAAGGGUAUCUUGUUUUGGCUCAACAAGUUUGCUUAUGCUUCCAUUUUCAUUGUGAUUGGGGGUUGGAUACUCUUCCGGUUUGUAGGGCCUUCUCUCAAUCUUUACCAACUGGAUACUCAACCACUGCCCCCUUCCUCCAUGUUCAAGGGCUCAUAAAUCACCAUUCGAUAAAUCUUCAAACUGGCAUGUUAUGUUAAAAAUGAGUUCCAGGCGCUUUCUCUCUUCAAGCUUUCAGGUUUCUAGAGAUUUUGUAGCCUUGAAUCGAUAGUAAAAUCACAGUAAUAAAAUGAGUUUCUGUGUUUUGCAGCAUAA